CUUCAGUUGAAUGGUUGCGGAUUGAGAGUGCUUCAUUGGUGACUCAGGAUGAUAUUGGUGAGGCCUGCUGUUCGCCUGCCUUUAGGUCGGCAGGUGCUGUCGUGCUCCCGGAAUUCCCCCAUCACAGUCAACUUCGACCGACGACGAUACAUCUCUGCCUUCGGGUAUACGCAGUCCAAAGCCCUUGUAUUUUCUAAAUUCGGUGAACCAAAGGAUGUUCUCAGCCUACACUCGUACUCCAUCUCCCCGCCCCACGAUACUCAAUGCACAGUCCGCCUCCUCACAGCUCCCCUAAAUCCCGCCGAUAUUAACCAAAUUCAAGGAGUUUACCCUAUCAAACCACGUUUUACCACAGAGCUUAGCACGCCGGAGCCACAUGCUGUUCCUGGCAACGAAGGAGCCUUCGAAGUCCUUUCCACUGGUGCGGGUGUAAAAAAUAUCAAGAAAGGAGACUGGGUUAUUAUGAAACGCACAGGAAUGGGGACAUGGCGCACACACGCCCAGUUUGAUGAAUCAGAGCUCCUCAAGGUCGAUAACACUGGAUUAACACCCUUACAAGUGGGUACUGUUGGUGUGAAUCCUGUCACUGCUUACCGGAUGAUUAAAGACUUCUGCGAGUGGGAUUGGAUGCGUAGUGGUGAGGAGUGGCUUAUUCAAAACGGCGCAAACUCUGGUGUCGGACGGGCAGUGAUCCAACUAGCGCGUGAAUGGGGUAUCAAAACAAUAAACGUGGUCCGCGAAAGAAAAACAGAGCCCGAGACCGAAGCUCUAAAGGAUGAUCUUCGGUCCCUUGGAGCAACAGUCGUUAUUACCGAGUCAGAGCUUCUUUCUUCUUCUAAGCUGCGUGAGAUCACCCAAGAGGCAACCCGGAAGGGUAAGGAGCCUAUCCGUCUCGCGUUGAACUGCGUAGGGGGUGAUAGUGCUACCGCUCUUGCUAAAGUCCUAGCGCCAAACUCGCGAGUUGUUACAUAUGGCGCGAUGGCAAAGAAACCUCUCAGCCUUCCUUCCGGCCUUUUGAUCUUCAAGAACAUCAACUUCCAGGGCUUCUGGGUGUCGCAAUGGGGAAAUCAAAACCCUACGUUGAAAGAGAAUACGAUUAGAGAUAUUCUUCGGAUGACUCGAGACGGUAAAUUCAAGGAUAUUCCUGUCCAGGAGAUCAAGUGGACGCGAGACACGAAGGGAGAAGAUUUAGCGCAAGAGGUUCAGGGAACUUUGACUGGGUUUAGAAGUGGGAAGGGAGUGCUUGUGUAUGAGGGAGACUAGAAGGCGAAUCUAUAUCUUUUGAUUGUUGUUGGUCCAUGUAAAUUACAGGUAUCAUAGCUGCAUGGAAUGGGUCAUAUCGGGUCCCGAUGUAAUUUCGAAUAUGA